GGAUCCCAACCUACUCUGCAUUUCUGUGUUGGCUUUAUGAGAGCCAACUUCUUUAAAAGGGCUUUUUAAGCUCUUGACCAGGGAGUACUCAUCCUGACACAUCACUCCUCAAGGGACAACUGCCUUAGACUUCUCCAAGCCAUGAUUUUCUUCCUUUUUGCAAGAACAAGAACACUGGAUACCUUGGAAUUAAAAGAGCUAUUAAGGUGACAGACACUCACAUCAGCUGGAGUUGGUGCAACCAGACCUUUCCUUAUGGAUUGUGGGCACAUUUCUACCAGUAAAUUGUCUGCUUGGAUGAUUAAUGACUUCUGAAUUGCUGUAAGAAUCUGGUGAAUGAUCUUUGGUUGAAGAACUGUCACCAAAACCUGAGUGCAAAUUACAAACUGCAGAAUUUUCCAGUUCAGGAAAAAAGGGAAAGAAACAGAUGUAAAUGACCUCUUCCCGAACAAAAUGUUCUUUCCAGUGCCUUGGGUGGACUCUGGGAAGCCAGUGCUGCUGGGCAGCCUCCUGUUGCUGGUCUCCUCACAAAUAUUGGUAAAAAGGGCUAUGUCCCACAUCCUGAUGGAUAUGGCUCUGAAUUCUUUUGAUGACCAGUAUCUGGGGUGCAGAGAGGAGAUGAUGGAAGAACUGGAGCAAGGAGACUAUUUUCAAAAGGAAAUAGCUGUUAACAAGGACUAUUUGAGCCUCUGGAAGAAGGCUCAGGAGGCUUUGUUAAAGAGCCCUGUAGGUCUCCUGAGGGAGAUGCAUGACAGCCAUGCCAUAGUCCUCAUGGCUUACACCAUGAACUCUUCCCUGCACUCUCAGCUGAACUGGGCUACGUCUACAGCAGGAAUCUCUCCAGAGCACUACAGACAAAACUUCAGUUUCAAAUAUUUUCACUUUUACCUAACAACUGCUAUCCAGAUCAUGAAGGAAUGGCAGAGCAGCAAGGAAAGCAUGGGGAAACGUAAGUGCUACCAGGUGCACAGGGGUGUAAAAGACUUAUAUAUCGAGGCCACGGUAGGCAGCAGGGUGCGAUUUGGCCGUUUCACUUCCGCCUCCCGCCUCAGGAGUGAAGCCCAGAAGUUUGGGAAUGAAACUUUGUUUACAGUGACUACUUGCCUGGGAGCAGCUAUGCAAGGCUUUUCUUACUACACAUCUGAGAAGGAAGUCCUCAUUCCCCCUUACGAGAUAUUUCUUGUCAAAAACUUCAUUCAGACACAGGACGGUAACUGGCUGCAUCUUCAUUCUGUGGGGAACUACAGCAAGUACCACUGCCAGCUGGUGGAAGCUUCAAGAUGUAAGAACAGUGGUUCCGCUGCCCUUGCCUCUGCCAUUCUUCCUGGUGUGGUUGCAGUUUCUAUGUGCUUGGCCCACAGUCUUUGGUUCUCUGGCUGCAUCCCAUGAAUAGCAGCCAAGAAGAGUUCACAGACAUUCAGUCUCUGGAGUUCCUGUUGCUACAGAAGGUUCAAACUUCCCUUUGCUUUCAGCUGCAACUCUCCAGCUAAGACUGGAACAUUCAGUCUGGUUCAUCAAAACAGACAUUCCCUGGACCCAUUCAGCUUGAAGAAAAAAAUGUGUUAAAGAGUUUAAUCUCUUGACAGAGCUACAAGGUAAGUGGCUGACAGAAAUGCACAGUACUGUGCAAAAUAUUGUAGAAAAAAAUCUCUUCGGACUGGCUUAUAUUUAAAUACUGAGAUUAAAAGUUGGCAAGGGACUGUUGAAAUCAUUCUGG